AGGAAAAGAAAAAAAAAUAAGGCCAAAACAUGCAACACCGGGUAUUCGCUAAUGGUCACCCACUUAACUACUAAUCCGGCGGUUAGUGGCUUAUUUAGGGGAGAGCAGACGGGAUCCCAAGUUUUCCACUACCUAUGGUCGCAUGUACUAGCAUUUGCAUGUUCACACAUUAUAAAGGGAGGACGGUUAUUGCAAUUAACAUUUUCUUGGUGA